GGUAGGUGCUGUGGCCCGAGUCCUUCACUCUGCCUUCGCUGAGGUCAGUUGGAGGGGCCGGGUAAACCACCGGGAACCGCUGUGGAGGAAACUUUCAAAUUUCCAGCAGAGUGGUGAUGUGGAUAAGGGAGUUGCCAAGUCAUGGAUAGACCGCCACAAUGACACAUGAGACCCUCGCCAACUCCCAGCUGUCUGUCAAGGCUGCUGCCCUGCGCAUGGUUAACCUACCCCUGUCCGUCUACGGCUCCCUGGCACAGGUGAGUGUCAGCACAGGCACCAAGAAGCUGGUGGCCGCCACUGCCUUUGGGGCCGUCUCGCUCCUCCUCCUCGCACGGCGCUUCCAGAGGAGGAAGGGCAGAAAGAAGGUUCACUCGCCUCAGUGGGAGCAGGCUGGCUUUGAGUUCUUCUCCCCAGCAGGGAACGAUAACACCAGUCAAAACAUCACUCUCUCUCUCAACUCCAAGAAUGGCUACUCCUCUGGUCUGGUCCUCACUACAGCAGACUACAGGAAGCUGUCCGGGUCGCUGCUGAGCUUGGCCUCGGUAAAAAGCAUGAACUCAUCGAGCAGCAGCACCUGCGCGAAUGAGUCCAUCUGUUGGGACAGAGUGGGGGACGCUGACAUCUGCAGUGUGGUCAACUUACCAGUCACCACGCCUGAAAACCUGUACCUCAUGGGUAUGGAUUUGUUUGAAGAGGCUCUUCGGCGGUGGGAGGAAGCGCUGACAUUCAGGAGCAGGCAGGCUGAGGACGACGCGAGUUGUGCCUCCGUCAAAACGGGAGCUGGAGACGCCAUCGCCGAGCAGAGCAAGGAGGACGCCAUCAGCGCAGAGUUCAUCCACCGGCUCAAGUCUCUGCUGCAGAGGGCUUACCGCCUCCAGGAGGAGUUUGAGGGAGUGUUGGGCAUGUCGGAGCCCUCGUCCAACAGCAACAGCCAGGAUAAAAUGGCAGACAUUUUGUCCAGAGAGGAGCUGGACGACGUCUGUCUGAGAGACAGCAUCAGCAUCGCCUCCACUGACUCUUUCGUUUCUGCUGCAGAGCUGUCAGAACACAGAGAGCUGAGGAGUGUCUUCGCCCUGGGUCACCACUUGUUCUACGAGGAGGCGCUUCAGAUGGCCGAGGACGGCAAGAUUUCCUGCAGAGUGCUGCGGACUGAGAUGCUGGAGUGUCUUGGGGACUUGGAUUUCCUGGCUAAGUUGCACUGUGUCCGGCAGGCAUGUCAGCUCAUUCUGUGCGAGAGGGCGACCAGGAUGUUUCUGGCCGAAACAGGAAAGAAAAUACUGUCUUCCAUUAUUGUUAAAGCGCAGAAGAGCCCAAAGAGAUUCGAGGAGGUGUUCGAAGAGAUGAUUUCCUUCUUAGAGCACACAGAGCACUGGGAAAACACAGAGGUGGAGCUGGCCACACGAGGAGUGAAGCACUUGAACUUCUAUGAUAUAGUGCUGGACUUCAUCCUGAUGGAUUCAUUUGAGGACCUGGAGAAUCCACCAAUCUCCAUCCAGAACGUGAUCAACAACCGCUGGCUCAACAGCUCCUUCAAGGAAACGGCGGUGGCAUCAAGCUGUUGGUCAGUGCUGAAGCAGAAGAGACAACACAUGAAGGUUUCUGACGGGUUCAUCGCUCAUUUCUACACUGUGUGUGAACAGAUCAGCCCGGUCCUGGCCUGGGGCUUCCUGGGGCCCAAGAGCUCCCUGCACGACUUCUGCUGCUUCUUCAAGGACCAGGUGCUGUACUUCCUGAAGGACAUUUUUGACCUGGACAAAGUGCGCUACACAUCAGUGGAGAGUCUGGCCGAGGACAUGCUCCACCUGCUGCACCGCCGCUCCGAGCUGCUGCUUGCCUACCUGGGAGCCGACUCGCUGCGGCACAUCAACGGCUGCAGUUCCCCGCGGGUGCAGCUGGUGUCCAGCACCCUGCUGGAGGCAGGAGUGCAAUGAGAGACGAGAAGGAAUCUCCAUAUGAUAACCUCAGCAUUUAUUCUAGCGUAAGUUCACACCAACCAUUGGACCAAAGAAAGAAACUAUGUGUAGGUGUGAAGGCAUCUUUUAUCUGUGGUGCAACCUAUUGGGGGAGGGGGGGGUCAGAGCCAGAAGCUUCAGUCUUGCGACUUCACCCUCUGACAUGACUUAAUUUGCACCCAUUUGGUUAAACUCAACACUCACUGAAGAAUUUUAACGUAAAACACUAUUUCACCAAGGUCUGAAAUCCACUCCUCACAUCUCCCAUCAUGCCGUGUGCUCCCAUUGCUCUGUGUCUGAGGAUCCAGAUAGACUGAGCCAGCUGUCUGCCUUCACACAUGAUCAUUAUCUCCGGUGUGGCCUCCUCCUCUCCCCAGCCCCUUUUCACUGUGCCAUGGCAGUGUACGUUAGUUUUAAAAUAUCAGAGCAAUAAUAUUUAUAACUGAACCUUGCUGUGAGCCUGGCACCGACUCUCUUGCAGUAGAUAUCACUCUGUGUAAAUUGAGACAUAUUUAUUGCCAGUAAGAGCAAUUCGUGUGGAAAAAAGAGGAAGAUAUUUUACCAUAUUUAUUUUAUCAUACAGCUAAAUGAUGCAGGAUUUAUUUUUUAGAAGUCGUAGUUGUGCCUGUUCGCAUCAGUGGUUUUGUGAUCAGCUUCAAACAGACAGUAGUUUGAAAACCAGUGCUGUAAACUUUUAAACUUCAUCAGAUUUGCUAGAUGUAAUUUCCACAUCCUACUGAACAUGUGCAAUGCAAAACCAUUAAAUGUACUUUGUGUGUUUGUUAAAAGCACAUGUGAACAAAGGGACUCAAUUUGAGAAAUGUAGAAUAAAAUGUUUUGACUGGAGUCAUAAACAGAAGAAAUGGGUCAGGCUGAGCGCUGUCGUUAAAUUAAGUUACUUCAAAAGGGAAAGAUGUUUUUUUUUUUUGUUUUUUGGCACCAGGACUCGUAAACCUUUAUGCAAUAUUAAAUUAAUCCCAGCACAUUCAGUCCACUAGGACCAUGAUCCCAUCAGCUACAGGACAUAAAAGAUUAUACUUCACUGUUUCAUAACCCUCCAGCUGUUUCACAACUUGUGCCCCUCUGUUUCAUGACGGGCGAACACACAAGAAGCCUUACUGUCACUGCACAUAUUCAAGCCUUGUCUUCAUCACUGAAUGUCAGUCUGAAAAAGUCUUUUUGUUUUUCAUGACCUGUGAGGUUUGAAAUGUACUAAUAUAUUAUUAUUAAUGUCUGCUCUGCUAAUCAGUCACUGCCAUGUACAGGACAUGCACCACAUGAAAGCUUUGAGCAGUGGCGUUACUGCAGGACUAAAUGUGUAUUGACAAUACGAGAAGAGUUGAUUCCAAAAUGCUGCACAUUGGAGCAACGGUGUGAAACAUUUCAGGGCUGAUGGACGACCCUGAAGUGAUUCAUACUGUCAUCAGCUCUUUUUGCGGGAUAGACACUUGGAAUAAUGUGAAUCUGUCUUAAAACAACACUCACACCUACAGUAAAUGUACGUUGACAAAAUCAUUAGUCCUGCUCAUAAACAAAUCCAAUCCUAUUGGGAGGAAAUCCACAGUCCUCUUGUGUAAACAAGCUUCCAAAGUAAUCUGAGUUUGACAAUUCAAAGAGUUAUCUUCCAAAGUUGGACUGAUAUGAAAAGAUUCAAAAUAUUUAUCAGCAACUGGCCAAAAUUCCCAGGUUUCAGCUUCUCAUGAGACUAUUUUCUUGUUUUCUUUUAUGAUGGUAACUGAAUAUCUUUGGGUUUUGUACUACUACACAUUUUAGACUCUAGUAACUUUGGGUGGGGAUGUUUUGAUAUUUGUUGAGUCUAUAUACCAAAUGAUUGAGAAAAUAAUCUAUAAAUCAAUCUAUAAUACAGGUCAUUAGUUAAAGAUCCAGUUUCCUCCCUGAGUUAUAACUGGUUUGGUCAGGUUGUGAUAAUUUGGUUGGUUUCCAUUUAAGAAAAUCAGUCUAAAUCUAAAUUGAUGUGCAAUAACUGACAAACGAUGACAAUCGAAAUUUCCCGUUCAAAUUAUUCAUAGCGCUGUGAUUAAAGUAGGCUUUCUGCAGGGAUCACCAGGUUUAAGAGCUUUUAAUACAUGAACAACUAAGUAUAAUGGAAAAACACUUUUCAAUUGGACAAUUUGGUCUAGAUUUAUUUCACUUGAGUAUUUCCCAGCAGGAUAUAAGUGUCUAAUGAUAUAAUUCAUUUGUGAUCAGAUGAGCAGUGAUUCUGAUCAGUCAUUUUUGGCCACAUAAUAGUAAAGCAAAUGGGAUGUCCUGAAAGAAUUUUAAUUGGUUAUUUAUUUUAUGAUUGAUUCAAAUUGGACUCAGCUUUGGAAGAGCCUCAGUUUAUUUGUGGAUUUUGUCACAUUUAAUAGGAAUCUUAUAAGGAAUGGAUCCGUUCAGGGCCAGGAUGAACAGGAACAAUAAACAGUGUCAGUCAGUGUGAGUGGCUGUAAGACUUGUGAAACUAUCCUUAAAAGGUUUCUCAUUUUGUCAACAGACAGGGAAUAAAGUUUAAGAUUUGUGAGUUCACCUUGUUUUUGUGUAUAAAUUAAGCAAAUAAAAAGACUUUAAUGUG